AAAGACUUCGCCGCCGGGGUCUUGGUAGAAUUUUCUUCCAGUCUUUCUUCCUUGCACGGAGAAGUUGGAUAUCCCAUUUCACCGACACGUCAUCAGUUUUUCGCCCAGAUCUUUGUCGCUUUUACUCAGUUUUGUGGAUUGUGACAGAAGUUCAAGAUGCGUGUGUUAUCUGUAAUUGUCCUCGUAGUAUGUCUGAUGUGUGUGGAUUUGGCUUUGGCUAAGAAGAAACGUGACAGAUACCAUAAGCAUCGUGAAGUUGAGCAGAAAGAAGCUAAAGAGGCCCUAGAUGCUUUGCAGUAUGACAAAGAACAACAAUUUGAUCUCCGUGGCGAUGAUUGGGAUGAAGAAUCCAACUCAGAGGAGGAGGAAGAAAGAGAGGAAGAGAGAGAGGAAGAGAGAGAGGAAGAGAGAGAAGAAGAGAGAGAGGAAGAAGAGAGAGAGGAAGAAAUUAAGGGAUAUGUAAAUGAGAUUGACAAUCCUUGCAUGGAGUUUGAAUGUCCAAUGGGUAUGAUGUGUGUUGUGGAUGGAUUCUGGAAACCAUACUGUACAUGUGUUGAAGAGUGUGCAGAAGAAGAAGUUGAGGAUUACUUUAUCUGUGAUACCAAUAACGUAACUUAUCAAAGUGAUUGUGAAUUCUAUCGUCUGAAAUGUCAGAAUGCAGAUAUGGCUGAUGUUGAACUUGAUUACUAUGGAUCUUGCAGAU